AUGGGAAAAAGUAAGGUCCGGACAGGCUGUCGCACUUGCAAGAUCCGUAAAGUGAAAUGCGACGAAAAAUACCCUGUUUGUCACCGGUGCUCAUCUACUGGGCGCAUUUGUGAUGGAUAUGGAGUAUGGGGAGGCGGAGGCAAUCAAACACACCGGGAUAGCCGUGAUCGAGCUAUCAUAGCUUCGACUUCGUCAUCUUCCAAUGAGCCCUGCAAUACAGUCCUACCUCGACCGGGAUAUGUUUCCUUCUUUGUGGCCAGUCGAGAGGAUAAGGAAUGUUUUCAUUGGUUUGCGUGCCGCACUUCGGUGAAGCUAAAGGGAUCAUUCGACUCAGAAUUCUGGUCUAAGCUUAUAUUGCAAGCUAGUAUCAACGAGUUAGCAGUCCGGCAUGCAGUCUUGGCUGUAAGCUAUGUUCACCGGAGAGGCAGCCUAGAUGUUAUGGAUACACGUUUGAAAAAAGAAACCACUGGUCAAGUGGAUCAAGUUCCUCUACGAUAUUUUGCUAGAUCCAUCAACCAUCUUCAACACCAUUUGUCGGCCAAUACCCAGGCAUCUUUGCGCAUCGUCCUAAUAACAUGCAUUAUCCUUACCACAUUAGACCUUCUUCGGGGUCACUUUGAAACAGCGCGGAUACAUGUCAAAAAUGGGGUGUAUCUUGUGAGAAAGUUGAGAUCUUUCUCGAACAGGGAUGAUAGGCUACAUUCCACACGGGUGGCUGAGUCAACAGACAGUUGGAUUGCGGAAGCCUUUAUGAGACUUCAUGGCCAGGUAGAAGUUCACAAUAUCAUGAAACGAGUUACCUGCGAACCCCUUCUCCCGAGUCCUAGUCCAAUACCAUCGAUACAAAAGUUCUUCUCAGUCAAAGAAGCUUGGAAUCAUCUAGACAAAAUAUUGGAGCAAAUAAUACAUCUGAACAAUCGAGUGCUUGAAUCCGAGACCGAGUGUCAAGCUCUACGUUCCCCUCCCCCUUUGCUAAGAGCAGACCAGCAACAGAUUCAAACCGCACUCUCUUCAUGGUUGAAAGCUUAUAAAUCUUUAUCAUCACCGCUUAUACAACGUUACAUAUCACCCUGGGAGAAGAAGUUUUCUGGGCUACUUCUUUUACAUCAUCAAACGCUCACAAUUAUGACUGAUGUAUGCCUGUCACCCAGAAAUGAAAUGGUAUUUGACGCUCACACCGACAGCUUUUUACGGCUGAUAAACCACGCCGUGGAUCUAUGGAACUACACUCUCAGCACGAAUCCUCACCGGCCUAAGUUACCGCCAGGCCAGUUCUUGAACAUGUCCAACUCAAUUACAGACAAGGGAUGGAUUACAGCUCUAUACUAUACGGCUGUGAAAUGCCGUAUCCACAGAAUCAGGCUUCAGGCUGUUCGCUUCCUUCAGUCUAGUCAUCAUCGUGAGGGCUUCUGGGAUUCAUCUAUAAUGGCAGCCGUUGCGCGAAAAGUGAUGGAAAUCGAAGAAAGAGACUACUACCAAGACAUUAAUCCUCUUGACAAUAUCUUUUCGCUUACGAGCUCGCCUACCCCGUGGGAUUUGUCCUUGCCCACUUUACCAGAGUCAUAUAGGUUACGUGGAGUUGAGACAAUUCUUUCCGGCUGUCCUGUAAAUAGGGUUUUAUUGCUAUGUAAGCAGAGGCAAAACAUGGAGGAUCAAAAAGUCCAAAUAGGGGAAUAUGACAUUCUCACUCAGCGGUGGAGCUAUGCGGCUGACUCCAAUUUCAAAGCUCAAAAGUCAAGUCAGAUUCGGGUCGGACAUCUACCAUUCGUAUCUCGUACUUAA